AUGGCAAACGAGAGUUGUAUAGAAUUACAACUGGAAAAUCUAACCGAUGAGAUGUUAAUUGAAGUUCUUAUCCGACUACCAUGGCAAUCAACCCGUCGAUUUAUGUGCGUCUCUAAGCGUUGGAUGUCAUUGAUAUCGAAUCCAUACUUUGUGGACCGGUUUCGCCAUCAUAAUAAUAAUGGCAAGGUUAAUAAUAAUAAUAACUUGCUUGUACUUGUUACAGGAACUAGGAAAGAAAUGUAUGGUGAAAAAUUCAUCACUAAAAUACAAAAAGUUUUUCCUAGUUCGAAAUCUACUCUUAAAGACUCGAUUCCAAUUUCAUUCGAUUUCUUACACAAGAAAGUCGGGGUAUUUAAUUUGUUAAGUGUGUCGAAAGACUUGUAUUUGAUCCAUGACACGAAACUUAAUCUUUUGGUAUGUAAUCCCUCGACAAAGCAGUUGUCAUUGGAACUUCCUCGUCGAUGGCACUUCGAUGAAAUAGCUUCUUUUAUUGGCAUCCUUUGUAGCGAGGAUGAUCCAUCGAUAUACAAAGUGGUUAUUGGUCGAUUUGAUGAUAUCGAAAACAUUCAAAUCAAAUUCGAUAUCUUCUCAUCUGAUAGUGGCUGUUGGAGUACCUUUGUGGUUCCGGUCCCCUCAAACUAUAAUCGAGUAACUUUUACUCGUAGUAAUCAACCUGCUGUGAUAUGUAACGGAAAGUUGCAUUGGGCAUACAGCACGCUUAGUGUAGUCGUAUACGAUCCUUUCGACAAGCCUGAUCAAUGCGACUUCAUCAAAUUUCCAGAGGAAUUUGAUGAUGAGGAUGAUUUUAUACUCUUCUGUGACAACUUUCGCCUAAGCAAUGUACAAGGGUGCAUACGAAUAUACAACAAACGCGUUUAUGAUAGAGAUCCAAUCGCAAUACUUACCUUUUGGGAGUAUAAUAACAAUGCUUGGAACGUAAAAAAGUUCAAUCUUAGUAGUGUUGAUCUUGGUAGUAUGGCCGCUGUUUCCUCUUGUUAUAGGAAGUAUAGUAUGAAAAUUAAAGGUUUUGAUCCUUUCAACGGAGAUAUUGUCUAUGCACACGCUUUAACAUCAGGCCAAUUUCUUGCAAUAGACAUGAAAGCUUUAACGGCACAUACUAUUGACGAUUUAAGUUUAAGUAGUCCAUUUCCUUUGAUCAUGAACUUAUUUCCUUAUUCCCAACUCCCAUGGCCAACUCCGAUUUAG